UUACGCGUCUCUACACAGUCAAGACCCCAACGUAAGUCCGUUCAAACAUGAGCUCGAAGAAGAAGGAGCGGAGCAGCAGAACACGGUCUCGGUCCCGGUCCAGAGACCGGGACAGGGACAGGGACAGGGGGAGGCACAGGAGCAGAGCAGUCCCUUCACGUUCUCCGGAGGACAGACACGACCGAACCCGAUCUCCUGUGAAAAGUUCUGGAAGGAGAGUCCGCCCAGAGAGCUCGGACAGCGGGGCGCACAGCAGCGGCUCGGAGAGAGAGAACCGGGGGAGGACUCACAGACACGCCGCCAGAGACAGAGACAGCUCUUUGUCUGAUGACCAUAGUACAAACAAACUCAAGAAGAAGAGUCGCAAGAAUGAAAAGCAAGAAAGAAAACAAAGCAGAAGCUCCUCACGUUCCAGCACACGGUCCAGCAUGGAGAGGCGGAGAGUGAGGGAUGGCCACAGCAGCGAUAGGGAGAGGAGAAAAAGAUGGAGAAGCACAGAGCGUGAGAGUAGGAGCCCCAGCAGGGACAGACGGAGGGAGCAGGACAGAGAGAGGAGGAGAAGCAGAAGCAGGGGGAGAGGGAGGAGGAGUGAGGAGAGGGACAGAAAGAGACAUAGAAGCAGAGGGAGGGAUGAUAGGGACAGGAGCAGGGAGAGGAGGAAGAGGUCACAGUCGGGUUCCUCAGUUUCGUCUGGCUCCUCAGCCUCUGAGCAGGAGGACGGAAAAGGAGGACAGGCCUCCAUGUCCCUUAAAGAAGAGAAAAAGAAUCAGAAAGAGCUGAUGAAGGCCCUGGAGACGCCGGAGGAGAAGAGAGCUCGCCGGCUGGCCAAGAAAGAGGCGAAGGAGAGGAAGAAGAGAGAGAAGAUGGGGUGGAGUGAGGAAUAUAUGGGCUACACUAAUGCCGACAACCCAUUUGGAGAUAAUAACCUGCUGGGCACCUUCAAAUGGCAGAAGGCUCUUGAGAGGAAGGGAAUAGCGCAUUUGGGAGAGAAGGAGUUAAAGGAGAGAAAUAAGUGCAUCCAAGAGGAGAAUCGCAGGGAAUUGCAGAAGGUGAAGCAGUUACGUCUGGAGCGAGAGAGGGAGAAGGCCAUGCGUGAGCAGGAAUUGGAGAUGCUGCAAAGAGAGAAGGAAGCAGAGCAUUUUAAAACCUGGGCGGAGCAAGAGGACAACUUUCACCUACAUCAGGCCAAGCUCAGGUCUAAAAUCCGAAUCAGAGACGGCCGGGCCAAGCCCAUUGACCUGCUGGCCAAGUACAUCAGUGCUGAAGACGAUGACUUGGCUGUGGAAAUGCAUGAGCCGUAUACCUUCCUCAACGGACUCACCGUCACAGACAUGGACGAUCUGCUGGAGGACAUCAAGGUGUAUAUGGAGUUGGAACAGGGGAAGAAUGUAGAUUUCUGGAGGGACAUGACCACCAUCACGGAGGACGAGAUAAACAAACUUCGGAAGUUGGAGGCAUCAGGGAAAGGGCCAGGUGAUCGUCGUGAGGGCAUCAACACGUCGGUGAGUACGGACGUGCAGUCAGUUUUCAAAGGGAAGACGUACAGCCAGCUGCAGGCGCUGCACAUGAACAUUGAGAGUAAGAUCCAGGCUGGCGGUUCAAACCUGGAUAUCGGCUACUGGGAGAGUCUGCUGCAGCAGGUGCGGGUCUACAUGGCCCGGGCCAGGCUGAGGGAGAGGCAUCAGGAUGUGCUGAGGCAGAAGCUGUAUAAGCUGAAGCAGGAGCAGGGAGUGGAGAGUGAACCUCUCUUCCCAAUUAUUAAAGAGGAGCCCGAGAGCGAGCAGCCACUUACACAAGAGGUGGAGCCUGCAGGACAGGAGGCGGGGCCAUCUACCAGCUCUCCCUCGGGAGCAGCCACUCAAAAACAGAAGGUGCAAAGUGAAGAAGAGGAGGAGGAGAAGGAAGGAGGAGAUGAAGAUGCAGAGCCAAGUGCCUCUUCUCCUCAUGGAGUGUCUAAGAAAAAGCGAGGAGAAGGGGAGGAUGAGGAAGAGGAGGAGGAGGGAGAGAAGAGUGGAGCAGUGGAGGCGGUGCUGACAGAGGAGGAUCUGAUCCAGCAGAGUCAGGCUGAGUACGACUCUGGUCGCUACAGCCCCGUCCUGCUGCAGCCCUCAGAUCUCCCGCUGGACACUCACACCAUCGAUGUUGAGGAGGACCUGCAGCGCCUCCACCUUGCCCGCAGACAGCUGCAGGUCACAGGUGAUGCUAGUGAAAGUGCAGAGGACGCCUUCGUGCGCCGCGCCAAAGAGGGCAUGGGAGGUGAUGAGGCCCAGUUCAGCGUAGAGCUCCCUCUAACUGGGAAGAUGUACUUGUGGGCUGAUAAAUAUCGGCCACGCAAGCCUCGCUUCUUCAACCGUGUGCACACAGGCUUCGAGUGGAACAAAUAUAACCAGACACAUUAUGACUUUGACAACCCGCCGCCCAAGAUUGUGCAGGGCUACAAGUUUAACAUCUUCUACCCGGACCUAAUCGACAAGCGCUCCACACCGCAGUACUUCCUGGAGCCCAGCCCUGACAACAAGGACUUUGGCAUUCUGCGCUUCCACGCCGGGCCGCCCUACGAGGACAUUGCCUUUAAAAUUGUGAAUCGUGAGUGGGAGUAUUCACAUCGUCACGGUUUCCGCUGCCAGUUUGCUAACGGAAUCUUCCAGCUGUGGUUCCACUUCAAGCGAUAUCGAUACAGGAGAUAAAGGCCUGGAGCUGUGGCUAAAUAUUUUAUCUGUAUUUCUGAAAAUAAAGAUGCCAGUUGGCUUCCUUGCAGCUGUAGAAGAAUCGUUUUUGCUUCCCUAAAGAACCUUUGUCAUCUUCUUAAACUGAUAAUGGAAAAAAGCUUAACUAGUCCUUUGAAAGGUUGUUCUGGGCAGUGGUUCCCGAACCCAUACAUCAGGACCUGGGAUAGUGCAAAAUUAUGGACCAUGGUGGGGGUGUCCUAAAGACUGGUUUUGGAACCGAAAGCGUUUCUUCUAUGGCAUUUACUCAAAGAAUUUAGGCACCUAUAUUUUUAAAAGCUAAAUGGACAAAUUUGGUUCAGUCAUGUUUCAGAGGUCACAUGAUGGCAGUUUUCUCUGUUCAAAACAUUUUAUUAUUUGAUCCAACUAAACUAAUUUAGAAGCCCUGUCUGAGUUGAAAUUAAUGUCUUGGAGCAAGAUAAAGAUCUAAGGCCCCAUUUGUACUUGGCAUUAACGUGCAUUCUGUGAUCUGAUCAUAAGUGCAGACCGCUUUAAAAAAAAAAACAGGUAUGAAUGGGGUCUAAUGUAUCACUCGGACCACCUUCGGAAGUGGUCAGGGAUGCAUGACCA